CAGCAACGCCUCUAGCGGAAUUUGGAUCCUCCGUCCUCCGAUUUGUUGGCCAGUUCCACCAACCAACACUACCUCCAUAUAUGUUGAUACCGAUUAAUGGCUGUCGAAACUCUUAUUUUUUUUAGGAUUGACAUCAGCGUUUUGUCACACGUAUCGCCCAUGAUUGAUAUCGGGCUCAAUUGAUUUGUUUGUGUUUUUCUAUUUCUUAAUUUAUUUUGAAAUGGAAGUGGAAAGUUUGGCUCGCUGGUCGGAAACCAACGCCACGAAUUCAUCUUUUCUCAGAGUUCUUGGUUUGGAGAGUUAUCAUGAAUCAGCUCCAUUUAAGUUUCGGCCCGAUCUCAAUAAAAAAAUUAUUUUGUGGGAAGGAGAUAUUACUACACUGUCUGUCAAUGCAGUUGUACACCCAACAAACGAAUCAUUUACAGAAAGUUCUCAGUUAAGUCAAAAGGUGAUAGAAUGUGCUGGCAGCAAACUAAAAGAGGAACUAGUCACCAAAAUUAAAUAUUGCAGGACAGGUGAAGCAAAAAUAACUCAGGGAUUUGAUUUACCUGCACGCCAUAUUAUUCACACAGUUGGUCCCAAGUAUAAUGCUCGGUACAAAACUGCUGCAGAAACCGCUCUUUAUUUUUGUUACAGGAAUGUUAUGGAACUUGUUCAUGAAUAUCAACUCUCAAGUGUGGCCAUACCCAUCAUCUAUACUGUCAAAAGAGGAUACCCCCCAGACGAAGGAGCUCACUUGGCACUCAGGACGAUCCGAAGAUUUUUGGAACAAUACGGCGACAACAUUGAGAGCGUCAUUCUGGUUUUGGACUCCAACAAUUACGGCAUUUAUCAAGUCCUUUCGCCGCUUUACUUUCCACGAAGUGUCCAUGAGGCCGAAUUCUCACGUUACCAAUUGCCGUUCGAAAUUGGUGAUCCGGUAAACGGUGAGCCUAUCAUCAGUGAUCGACGUAUUCGCAUCAUUGAUAAUCCUCAGCAUGCAUUCCAAGAUUCGUGGGAGGAACCUCAGGAUCUAAGUGCCAAGUUUGGCUGCAGCGUGUCGGUAGGCGAACACUCUUUCGCCCAAAUGGAGGACGACGUCGAUCGGCAAAAGCUGUUAGGCCAACCCAGUCAUCAACGUGUUGGACAUCCCGUUACCGACAUCGACCAUCUCACUUUACAAGUCCAGCAUCACGAGAGAUACGAGCGAUUGCUGCGUCGAGCCAAAACGGAAGAUUUGUCGGAGGUUUCCGGAAUCGGAUGUCUCUAUCAGAGUGGAACGGAUAAGUUCGGCCGGCCCGUAGUCGUCUUUGUCGGCAAAUGGUUUAAUUUCAACGAAAUUAAUUUAGAUAAGGCUCUGCUGUAUUUGAUCUCGUUGCUCGAUCCUCUAGUCAAAGGUGAUUACAUAAUCCUCUACUUCCAUACGCUUACCGAGGGGCAUAAUCACCCGUCUAUGACGUGGAUGCGGGAAGUCUACAACGUCUUGGAAUACAAGCACAAGAAAAAUUUGAAAGGAUUUUAUAUUAUCCACCCCACUUUCUGGACAAAGGUCAUGACUUGGUGGUUCCUGACGUUCAUGGCCCCGGCCAUUAAACACAAAGUCCACUCUGUCCCCGGUGUCGAAUAUCUGUACAACAUCAUCAACAUGGAUCAACUGGAAAUCCCCGCCUUCAUCACCGAGUAUGACAUGACCGUCAACGGUGUCCGUUACGUCGAGCAGACGAGCGGCGAUGAAUAAAUGAAAGUCAGAGAUUAUCCUCCUCAUUAUAUUGGGUAUUGAGCCUGAAAAAACGAUGUGUCCUCUUCUGCAAAAGAGCCCACCUUCUCCUCUUUCCCUUCUACUGUACGAAGUAACCAAAAGUCCCUUUUUUUCCGAACACACAUUCUCGCCCGAUUCUCUUCUCCCUUGUUCACGUUAGUGUCGUCACAAUAAGAUUCGUUGCGCGUAGGAGACUAGAAGAAAGGCUGGCGUUGAUCAAAGCCAGUGCGGAUGCAAUAGUUUCUCGUUGCUGAGAUCGUCCAUUUUGAUUGUUGGUUAUAUACUCUUGUUUCAUUUAGUAAUUAAAAAGUAUGGAGGGA